AUGAAGACUCUGUGGUUUGCUUUGUAUUUGACUUUUCUGUCCUCGGGAAGAAUAGCUCAGACAACUGAUCUGAAAUCAUCCACAUAUGAGCUUCAAGAGGGUGGUUUUGUUUCAGCAAAUGUUGGUGACAGCGUGACUUUGCAAUGUUUUUGUACAGGGACAGUUCUGACAAAGUAUUACUGGUUUAAACAAACUCUGGGACAGAAACCAAGGCUCAUCUCUACUUACUACAAAUAUAACAAAAAUGUGAUUUUUCGUGAUGAAUUUGAAAACAAUCCACGCUUCACACUGGAUACAGAAACUGGUCACAAUCACUUGAAGAUUACAGAUCUACAAAUUUCAGAUUCUGCUACUUAUUACUGCACAAGUAGCUAUUCAUACAGGUUUGAGUUUACAGAGAGCAUUAUUGUGAGUGUACAGGGUUCAGGUGUGAACAUCCCAGCUUUGGUCCAUCAGUCAGCAUCUGACACCAUCCAGCCAGGAGGCUCUGAGACUCUGAACUGUACAGUACACACUGGGACCUGUGAUGGAGAACACAGUGUUUACUGGUUCAAACACUCUGAAGAACCUCAUCCAGGACUCAUUUACACCCAUGGAGGCAGGAAUGAUCAGUGUGAGAGGAAACCCGACACACAAACACACACCUGUGUCUACAACCUGCCAAUGAAGAGCCUGAAUCAGCCUCAUGCUGGGAUCUACUACUGUGCUGUUGUCUCAUGUGGACACAUCGUGUUUGGAAACGGGACCAAGCUGGACUUUGAAGAUGAGGUGGAGUCGUUUGUCUUGGUGUAUGUCUUGAUUGGAGCUCUGGCAUUCACCACCAUCCUGGUUGUUUUUCUGGCGUAUGCAGCAUAUACAAUGAAGAACAGAAACAGCUGUCAGUGUACAGACUCAAGAUCUUCAGCUGCCUUGACUCCAAAUGCAGUGAGUUACCAAGAUGCAGACAACCUCCAUUAUGCUGCUUUAAGGACCAACACAGCCAACAGAUCAACAAGACAGAGAGACGACACCUGGACUGAAUGUGUGUACUUCAGUGUUCGGCAGUAGAACUGCAGCAUGUUUCAUGUUGGGUCUGUGUUACUACAAGUGGGCAUUUUGUCAGAUUUCAACUCCACGUACUGAAUGUAAACAUUCAUGUUGCAAAGCACCAAUUAAACACGUUCCUUCAGCUACAGUUAAGCCAGGUUUCUUUGAUGUGAUGGAGGUGCCAUAUUUCCACUCUCACUGCACUGACAGUAGCUGACAAUGCUCCAACACACAGCCACACAUAACUGAUGCCUGUGGUGAUUGUGGCCUCAGGUCCUCUAUAGAGGAAAAUAAACAGAAAAACAAAGCCAGCACCCGCGACUAAA